AUAAAUAGCAUCCCCCCAGAAGCCUCCUCACUCACCUCCUCUUUCAGCUGAUAUCCGGAGUGGUGCCAGCUCCCUUGGCCCUGAAGUCAUGGCCUUAGGUCUCCUGUGGCUGGGCCUUGUCCUGCUGGGGGCCUUGCAGACCCAGGCCCAGGAUUCCACCCCAAACCUGAUCCCAGCCCCGCCUCUGCGCAGGGUCCCUCUGCAGCCUGACUUCCAGGAUGAGCAGUUCCAGGGAAAAUGGUAUGUCUUAGGACUGGCAGGGAGUGAAUUUAAUAAAGAAAAACACAGCCAGUUUAAGAUUUACUCCACCACUUACGAGCUAAAUGAAGACAACAGCUACAAUGCCACCUCUACCCUGGCCUGGAACCAGACCUGUGACCACUGGCUCAGAACUUUCAUCCCAACUUUGUGGCGAGGCCAAUUCACCCUGGGCAACAUUGAGCGAUACACUGGAAUCCAGAGGUACAUUUUACGAGUGGCAGCCACAGACUACGUCCAGUUUGCCAUGGUGUUCUUCAAGAAGAUUUACAAACACCAGGAGUACUUCAAGAUCACCCUUUAUGGGAGGACCAAGAUGCUGACCCCUGAGCUGAAGGAAAACUUCAUCACCUUCGCCAAAUCCUUGGGCCUCACAGAUCACCACAUAAUCUUCGCUAUCCCCAUUGAUGAGUGCAUGGAUGAGUGAGCAAGUGUGUGGGCAGCGCCCAGCUGUCACCACCAACCUGGACACGACUGAGAGAGCCAGGAGACCCUUCUCAAUGCACAGCCCACCAGCUGCUCCCCAGGCUGACCUGCUCAUGAACCCCCUCCCUCCUUGCUAAAUAAACACAUGUCCCCUGG